CGGUUCCAUUUGCUGAGGCGCGUUCGUAAUGAAAGGGAGCGCGUGAGCGGGCUAGAGCUUCUUGGUGGAGUGUCUGAAUGUGCUUGACUUCCUCGCGUUAUAUUGUGUGGAGGAGCGCUGCACACGUUGUUAUAGCACACCGAAAUUGUACUUAGAAAUACUAAUCUCCUGUUCGGGGAGAAUACAAAACCAAAUUCAGUAUUCUUUCCCGAAGUCUGUUAUUCACAGCUUUCGAUAAACAUGUCGGCACCGGCGGCAAAAGUGAGUAAAAAGGAGCUGAACUCAAACCAUGACGGAGCGGACGAGACCUCCGAAAAAGAGCAACAGGAAGCUAUUGAACACAUCGAUGAAGUUCAAAACGAAAUUGACAGACUGAACGAGCAAGCGAGUGAGGAGAUAUUGAAAGUAGAACAGAAAUACAACAAACUCCGUCAGCCGUUCUUUCAGAAGAGAUCAGAACUGAUCGCCAAAAUCCCCAAUUUCUGGGUCACCACAUUCGUCAACCAUCCACAAGUUUCUGCUCUUCUUGGGGAGGAAGAUGAGGAGGCACUUCACUAUCUGACCAGGGUGGAGGUUACAGAGUUUGAAGAUAUCAAGUCAGGCUACAGAAUAGAUUUUUAUUACGAUGAAAAUCCAUACUUUGAAAACAAAGUCCUUUCCAAAGAGUUCCAUCUGAAUGAGAGUGGAGACCCAUCCUCAAAGUCAACAGAAAUCAAAUGGAAAUCAGGAAAGGACCUGACAAAGCGCUCCAGCCAGACACAGAACAAAGCCGGCAAGAAGAGGCAACAUGAAGAGCCAGAGAGCUUCUUCACCUGGUUCACUGAUCACUCAGAUGCUGGGGCAGAUGAGCUGGGAGAGGUCAUCAAGGAUGACAUCUGGCCAAACCCCCUGCAGUACUACCUGGUUCCUGACAUGGAUGAUGAGGAGGGCGAAGGUGAAGAUGAUGAUGACGAUGAGGAAGGUCUUGAGGACAUUGAUGAGGAGGGUGAUGAAGAUGAUGGGGAGGAAGAAGAGGAGGAUGACGGAGAUGAUGGCGAGGAUGAUGGAGAAGAUGACUAAACCGGAAAAUUAAAUCAUCUACCUUUGCUAUUCCCCCCCCCCCCUCCAUUUGGUUAUCCACCCAUAUUUGGGAGCAAGAUUUGUUACUUUUAUUUUGUGCUUAAUCUCCAAAUUCCUGCCUUUUUGAAUUGUCAAACCACAAUAAUUCCCACAUUCAUCUGAAGAAAAAUAAAAAACCUACAAAACAAUAGAAUAAGCAUGCCAUCUUGUAGUUAAAUGAAUGGCAAUUUCUAUAAUUUUUUCUUCCUGUUAAAGGUUGUGCGAUUUAACUGAACAAAAGCCAUGGUGCAGUGACUUUGCACUAGCGGACCCCUCCAGUUUUUAUAAUUUUGUUCAGUUGGGGAGUAGAUCCCUAAAAAAAUGUUUUUCCCCUAUGUGGUUAAAAGUGAACAGAUAGAAAGUACUAGCUCAUUCCUAUCACUUCUUGCAAUGUUUGUGGUCAAUGCUGGGGUAGGGUAGAGGGAUAUCUUAGGGUGUUGGGGAGGGUGGGCAUUAUGACACCAUUACUAUGGGUUUGUUUUUUGAUUUUCAUUGUAUUGUUUUACAGACAUCCGUGAGAUUUGAAAUGACAUUUUUAAUAAACAAAACAAAAACGUAAAAAAAAAUUUGCUUGUAAAUUUGGGCCCCCACUGCUUCAUGGAAAAUGACCUGUUAUCUCAUGGAAUUUGCAUCUAAUCACCAUUUUUAUUUUCUGCUGGGGGGAAAAAAACCAAUCUGUUUUAAACUUAAAGGUGUACAAGUGUCUUUGUUACAAUAAAACGUCAUGUGUACACGAAUGUGUCAUCUAACCAAC